GUUGAUAUCAUUUGUCAAAAAUUUUCCGGUCAGAUGUAACCUUGUACCACCGUACAACAUUGACAAGAAUGACAAUCGUAUUGUUUAAAAUUCGCUUGUUCUGUUUUUCGAAAGACGAUCGGUCAUUGAGUGACGAUGAAAUGAAGCUUCGCGGAGAUGAAGCGAUUUACGAUUUUACAGAGGGUGCAAAGGAUUUUCCAGAGAGCUUAUUCAGAUACUGCCAAAUAUCCUCAAAUUACAACUCAUUAUACAGUAAUUCCCAGGGAGACGGAUUCAAGAUGGAAAGAUGUGAACAUGGAGAGAUACGUGGACGAAACCGACAUUCUAAUUGUCGGUGGUGGACCAGCAGGAUUGUCAGCAGCCAUUCAGGCUCGUAGAUUGGCAGAGAAACACGGCAAGGAACUCAGAGUUACUCUUGUUGAGAAAGCAUCUACAAUUGGUGGACAUAUUCUUAGCGGUGCUUGUUUAGAUCCAAUUGCUCUGAAUGAACUCUUUCCAAAUUGGAAAGAAUUAGGUGCACCAUUAAAUACUCCUGUCACAGAAGAUAAAUUUGCAUUUCUCACAGAAAAGAAAAGGAUAUCUAUACCUAUUUUCAAGGGAAUGCCAAUGUAUAAUCAUGGAAAUUACAUAGUAAGAUUAGGCCAUGUAGUAGCAUGGCUUAGUGAACAAGCAGAAGCUGCUGGUGUUGAAAUGUAUCCUGGUUAUGCAGCAGCAGAAGUUUUAUAUCAUGAAGAUGGAUCUGUUAAAGGAGUGGCCACGAAUGAUGUUGGUAUUGCUAAAGAUGGUUCACCCAAAGAGACAUUCGAGCGAGGCAUGGAACUUCAUGCAAAAUGUACUAUAUUUGCAGAAGGUUGUCAUGGCCAUUUAACAAAACAAUUAUCAAAGAAAUUGAAUCUUAGGAAAGAUUGUGAACCGCAAACGUAUGGCAUUGGUUUGAAAGAGGUUUGGGAAAUAGAGCCAAGCAAACAUCGACCUGGAGCAGUUGAGCAUACGGUUGGCUGGCCACUUAAUAGAAAUACAUAUGGAGGGUCGUUUCUGUAUCAUUUGAAUGAAGAAACACCCUUGGUUGCAGUAGGUUUUGUUGUAGGAUUGGAUUACACCAAUCCUUAUCUAUCACCCUUCAAAGAGUUUCAGAGAUUUAAACAACAUCCUAGUAUUAGACCAACAUUUGAAGGAGGAAAGAGAAUAGCUUAUGGUGCUAGAGCAUUGGUAGAAGGUGGAUUCCAAUCUAUCCCCAAGCUUCAAUUUCCUGGUGGUUGCCUCGUCGGAUGUACAGCCGGUUUUUUAAAUGUGCCCAAAAUUAAAGGAACCCAUAAUGCCAUGAAAAGUGGUAUGUUGGCUGCAGAAAGCGUUAUUGAAGCGAUUAUUGAUGCAGAAAAUAACACCUCACCAACAAAAGGCUUAGAGCCAAAAACAUAUACAGAUAAAAUAAAGAAUAGUUGGAUCUAUAAAGAAUUGAAAGCUGUAAGAAAUAUGAGGCCUAGUUUCCACUUUUCUCUUUACGGUGGUCUCAUAUAUUCAGGUUUUUCCAUGUUAAUAGGCGGAAGAGAGCCAUGGACAUUGUCCCAUGCAGGUCCUGAUUAUAAAAAAUUGAAAUCUGCGGCUGAAUCAAAACCGAUAGAAUAUCCCAAACCGGAUAAUGAGGUAUCUUUCGAUCUUCUGUCAUCAGUGGCUCUAACCGGUACCAAUCACGAAGCUGAUCAACCGGCCCAUUUAACUUUGAUGGAUGAUACCAUUCCUGUAAAAAGAAAUUUAGCUGAAUUUGCUGGUCCGGAAAGUCGAUUUUGCCCUGCUGGUGUCUACGAAUUCGUGCCGUUGGAAAGCGGGGAUGGUGAAAGAUUGCAGAUCAACGCGCAGAAUUGCAUUCACUGUAAGACCUGCGACAUCAAAGAUCCUAGUCAGAACAUCAAUUGGGUUGUGCCGGAGGGUGGUGGCGGACCAGCUUACAACGGCAUGUAACGGCAUAUAUCAAUUGAUCAAUUCAUUGAUUGCUCGGGUGCAAAACAUUCGACGGCUCAACUUCUUUUAUCGAUUUUCAAUAUCGAUUUCAUAUGCUUUUUGAAGAAACGUAUAGAUCGCUGUCGUAUCACAAUCAGUUUUUGAUGCUGUAUAACAGUAUAAUUAUUGAAAUUUGCUAUAUGAUAGAAUGAUAUAAUUUUCUAUUUCCUAAAUCAAUAUUAUAAUAGAAUUGAUUUUUGUUCAAUGGAAGCGAGUGCUUUCUAUCGAUGCUCAACGCAUAUACUGAUUUCGUAGCAUUACAUAUAUAUAGAUACAAAACUUUUUGAACAUUUUACAAAAUUUAUCGUUUACUGUAAAUAAUAUUUAUAUGUACUUUGGACUGCAUAUAUUUUUAAAUCAAUUGAAAAAGAAAAAUCAUGUAGAAUAUUAAUUUUAUGAAAAUCUUGAAAAUACCUUCUCUUUCUUUGCAAGAGAUUUUUAUGAAGUGAAAUGUUUCUCAUGAACGCAAGAGGGAAACACUUUUGAGGCUCUUGU